AUGCAUGACAUAAGUGCGACGAGCCCCGACCCUUCAGGUGCGACCCAGACGAGCAAGCGGCCGCAGCCUCCAGGCUCCUCGAACCUCGCGGGCAGAGGCUUGGCCCCGACGACACCGCUCCAGAACAAUCAACCGACGGCGACUCCAUCUUCCGAUGCUCCCGAUGCGCAUCACGGGGCCAAUGAUGGCGACGAACCUGCCGCGGCGAAGCCUGGUGUCCGCAGGUCCCUUCCGGAUGCCGCCGCCCGUCUUGCCCCGCCGGCCGCGGUGAGCGAUGUCGCGAUGAGCAGCAGAACGGCCGAUCACUCCCUGUACAAGAUGCACAAGUUUAGUCUCUACGAGACUGCCAGCCGAUACUACAUUGUCGGUGUCGACGUGAGCGAGAGCAAGUAUCGGAUCCUCAAGAUCGACAAGAUGACCGAAGGCGCCGAGCUGAACAUGACGGACGACAAAAUCGUCUACUCCCUCGACGAGAUGAACCAGCUCCUCGACACCAUCGACGACGGCAAUCGCGGCACGGGCGGCAUCAAGCUUCGUUGCAGCACUUGGGGUCUCCUCGGCUUCAUCAAAUUCACCGGGCCCUUCUACAUGCUCCUCAUCACCAAGAAGAGCACCGUCGCCAUGGUCGGCGGUCACUACAUCUACCAGGUCGAAGGCACCGAGCUCGUCCCCCUCGGCUCCGGCCGUUCCAAGCCCGACUCUCGGAACACGGAGGAGCAGAGAUUCUUGGGCAUCCUCAACAAUCUCGAUCUCACAAAGUCAUUCUACUACAGCUACUCCUACGACGUCACCCACACCCUCCAGCACAACAUCACGAGGGAGAGGACGGCGCUGGCUCGCGGCCGUCCGCCACCUUCGAGCCACGACUUCAACUCCAUGUUUGUGUGGAACGACUACCUCCUCCAACCGGCCAUCGAGGCUCUCCCAAACGCCUACGACUGGUGCCGACCCAUCAUUCACGCCCUCUCCAUUUACGGUCGGACGGCGCACAUUACCGUCAUCGCCCGCCGAUCGCGCCAUUUUGCCGGCGCUCGCUUUCUCAAGCGUGGUGCCAACGAUCUAGGCUACGUGGCCAACGACGUGGAGACGGAACAAAUCGUGGCAGAGUCUCUCACCACCUCCUUUCACGGUCCUAACCCGCGGCUCUACUGCAGCCCGCAGUACACGUCCUAUGUUCAGCAUCGUGGAAGCAUCCCCCUCUACUGGACUCAGGACAACACGGGAGUCACCCCCAAGCCUCCCAUCGAGCUCAACCUCGUCGAUCCCUUCUACGGGGCGGCAGCCCUUCAUUUCGACAACCUUUUCGAGCGAUACGGCGCGCCAAUCUAUGUGGUGAACCUCAUCAAGUCCAAGGAACGCCAUCCCCGGGAAUCUAAGCUGCUGGAGGAGUUUACCCAGGCACUCGUCUAUCUCAAUCAGUUUCUGCCGCGCGACAAAAAGAUCAUCCACAAGGCGUGGGACAUGAGUCGCGCCUCCAAGGUCCGCGACGGGAACGUCAUCGGAAACUUGGAACUCAUCGCCGAAUCGGUCCUCAACGCCACCGGUUUCUUCCACAACGGCGACGGCCGGACCAACCUCGUGACGGUCCAGAAUGGCGUGGCCCGCACGAAUUGCAUCGACUGUCUGGACCGAACCAACGCUGCCCAGUUCGUCAUCGGGAAGCACGCCCUCGGCCACCAGCUUCAUGCCCUCGGUAUUCUGGAGGAUACAACGGUCGAGUAUGACUCGGAUGCCGUCAACCUCUUCACUCACAUGUGGCAUGACCACGGCGACACCAUCGCCGUGCAGUACGGCGGGUCCCAACUCGUCAACACGAUGGAAACGUACCGCAAGAUCAACCAAUGGACGAGUCACUCGCGCGACAUGAUCGAGAGCUUCAAGCGGUACUACAACAACUCUUUCCUCGACAGUCAGCGGCAGGAGGCGUACAAUCUAUUCCUGGGCAACUACACCUUCACUCGGGGGCAGCCGAUGCUCUGGGAUCUCGUGACAGACUACUACCUCCACCACGCCGACCCACGAAGCUGGUCGGCGGCGAAGCCGAGCAAGUACAUCGAAUGGUACACGGCAUCUCAUCUCCGGGACAGGGUCGUCCCCCCUCGAUUGCGGCUCCUCGAACCGACCGUCGCGUUGCCGGUGGAGUUGUUUGACGACUACUGGCUGGAGUACUACCGACCUGCCACGCUCUCGUCGUUUCCCAACAUGUUCGCCUACAAGAUGAACUCGACCAUCAAGUACAUCCCCCUGAAGUCGACUCAGGAUGGACGAUACGACCUUAGCCCCUUCCGCAUGCGCACAGACGGCGAGGUCGAUACCGAGAAGAAGGCGAAACGGGACGCCGAAUACGCAUGGCUCGCGGAUUCGCCUCAUCUGCGAGCGGCCGACGAUGACAUUUCCUCCGUAACCUCCGACAAUACGACGGCAAGAGGAAUGGCUCUGCAGCGCUGGCUCCAGCCAGCUCAGGGCAAAGUUGUAGGGUUUCCGCCCGGCAUGAACCAAUUGGGCAUAAACCAAGCGUUACCUGACCUGGUCGGUUCGGCAUCCCUUGGUCAAAACAAGGCGAAACCCACACCGCUCGAAAAGUCCAAGGCGGCACAGUGGACAUUUUCAAAGGCCGUCCAUGACUCGCUGAAUCCAUCCGUGGGGGAGCAGGAAGCAGAAGACUAUGCGCGAUACAUUCGCCAUCCGCAGAAUCUGCCUCUGGUGGUUUCGGCAGACACGCCUUUGGACGUUGAUUCUUCCGAGUAUCAAGAUUACCUCUGCAGCGUCUGGCAUGACCAGAUCCUCAUGGCGGCCGGUACCGAAGAAGAACAGGACGUGUAUGUCGAGCUAUUGAAGGUGGGCGAGAACCCUCUCACGGUGACGGAGGAAGACGGUUCCAAAAAGAGGUACAAGGCGUAUCGGAAGUGGCUGCGAGGUAAGUCCUUCUUCAAGCAGCAACCUCUCGACUAG